AAUCGAAGAAGCAAAAUACAAGAGUGAGUAACAUGGAAACUCCUAACUUUGUCUCCUUCUGCUUGCUGCUUCUCUUGACUAGUACCACUAUAAGCUCAGCUAAACUCACUCGUGGCUUCUACAACGAUGUAUGCCCCAAUGUGGAGCAGUUGGUCCGCUCUGCUGUUGCAUUGAAAUUCCAGCAGACUUUUGUCACUGCUCCUGCCACUCUUCGACUCUACUUCCAUGAUUGCUUUGUCAGGGGUUGUGAUGCUUCAAUUCUGCUCGCAAAUAGUAACUCAGAAAAGGAUCACCCUGAUGACAUAUCUCUAGCUGGGGAUGGCUUUGACACAGUGAUUAAAGCCAAGGCAGCUGUUGAUAGUGACCCCAAGUGCCGGAACAAAGUCUCUUGUGCUGAUAUCCUCGCUCUGGCUACUAGGGAUGUUGUAAAUUUGGCAGGGGGACCAUUUUACGAUGUUGAAUUGGGAAGGCGUGAUGGUAGAGUAUCUACUAUUGCAAGUGUUCAACGCCAUCUUCCUCACCCUGAUUUCAAUUUGGAUCAGCUCAAUUCCAUGUUCAACUUCAAUGGCCUAUCUCAGACAGAUAUGAUUGCAUUGUCAGGUGCACACACAAUUGGGUUCUCUCACUGCAAUCGCUUCUCGAAACGAAUCUACAACUUCAGCCCCAGAAACAGAAUCGAUCCAACGCUGGAUUUACAAUAUGCUUUUCAGCUUAGACAGUUGUGCCCUUUAAAGGUUGAUCCUAGAAUUGCCAUAAACAUGGACCCUGUGACGCCUCAGAAGUUUGACAACCAAUACUUCAAGAAUCUGCAGAAGGGACAAGGUCUCUUCACCUCUGAUCAGGUGCUGUUUACAGAUGCAAGGUCAAAGGCCACUGUCAACUCCUUUGCAUCAGAUGAAACAACUUUUCAGAAAGCUUUUAUUGAUGCAAUUACCAAGUUGGGAAGGGUUGGUGUUAAAACGGGAAAUCAAGGUGAAAUUAGGUUUGAUUGCACCAGGCCAAACUAGAAAAAGUAUAACUGUGAUAUCAUCAUCAGCAGCAGCAGCAUUAUUCCAUUUUGGAGUAUUUUUAGUCUACAACGGCUUCAGUUUGAGUUUGUUCAAUUAUGUAUAUUUGAUAAUUCAUUA